AUGUUUCUAAGGGUCCUUGGGAAGAAGAAGGAAGGCGCAAACACCAAACCAGCGCCGCUCUUUUCGAUGCGCGCAAACAUGGCGAUAUCUGAAGCAAUCGAAGCACGGCUCUCCCCAGCGGUGACCUCUGACGGCGUUCAAAAGCGCGCGCGCCGCGUCCGUUUCGCGCUCCGCUCCCAGCAUUCCGGCGACCUCGCAGUGGAACCCCGCCCCCGGAACCAGGACAGACCCGCCCCAGUGGUCGCCCGGAACGAAGACCAUCUCAUUCUUGACCUGAAAGACGGGCAGCCUUGCACCAUUUGGACCGUCUUCGUGAUCUGGAGCAUCUUCUUCUUUCCCUACAGCUCGUUCUUCCCGGCCACCAUAGCCGCUGCGCUUUACAUAGCGUACCGCCAGCUGGGCUAUAGCGUAUGGGUCGCUUGCGUCGCUCUGUGCCUCUUCUCACUAUCAGUCCCCCUGUACUACAACCGCGCGUUCCGAGACGUGUACUUCCGGCGCUUACACAUCAAGCUCGCGCACUACGCCAAAUCGAGCAGAGCUGUCAUUCCAGCCAAGAAGUACCCCCCCGGAAAGAAUUACGUUUUUGGGUUACAUCCCCACGGGCGGGUUAUGUACUCAACCCUGCUUCUCAGCCAGCUAAACGACGUUUUCCGGCGGGUGCUUCCGGAUGGGGGGGGUGACGUGUUCGGGGGGGUUGCGGCCACGUUCUUCUACGUUCCCAUAUUUCGAAAUUGGUGCUACAUGUUGGGAGCAUUCUCUGCGACGAAGACCCUGAUGCGAGCGCAACUAGACCGGGGAAACAACGUUGCGGUAACCGUGGGCGGUGUGAAGGAGGUGUGCCUGCCGACGUACGACGACAAAGACGUCUUGUACCUGAAAAAGCGAUUCGGGUUCGUCAAGCUGGCCCUAGAAGCAAAGGCCGGACUAGUCCCAAUCUACUUCUUCAACGAGAACUCGCUAUUCAAGCACGAUCCGCUGUGGUUUCUGAAAUUCUGGGAGGCGGCGAACCGUUACGUCCCCAUCGGUGUGCCUCUGUUCCGCGGGAUCUGGAACCUGCCCUUUCCAUAUCGCCGGGAUCUGCUGAUGGCGUUCGGGGAGCCACUGUUUGCUGAGGACGACGAGAGCGUGGAGGAGUUCCAUGCUCGGUACACGGAAGCGGUCAAGCAGCUGUUUGACAAGUACGUGGGAAUGUCUGCCGAUCCAAAGCACAAGCUGGUAAUCGUGUGA